AGAAGAAAGCGGAGGAGUCUAGACGCAGAAGCCACUCUAUAAAAACGCUCAGGCCUCUCAAGCCCGGUUUCACUCAGACCAAGCAAAGGCAAAUAAGCAUAAGAACAACCCGCCUUGAACACCCCUUUUCUCGAGAGAGUUCCAUUUGGAUCGCAACAGGCUUAAGAAAGAGUAGAGAGAUAGAGAGAGAGAAAGAGGCUACUUAUGGCUGGCUCUUGGAGAGCGCGCGGCUCUUUGGUCGUACUGGCAAUUGUUUUCUUCGGAUGUCUGUUUGCAAUUUCCAUUGCGAAAGAGGAAGCUACCAAAUUGGGAACAGUCAUUGGCAUUGAUCUUGGGACAACGUAUUCUUGUGUUGGUGUUUACAAGAACGGUCAUGUUGAAAUCAUAGCCAAUGACCAAGGAAACCGUAUCACCCCUUCAUGGGUUGCUUUCACUGACAGUGAGAGACUGAUCGGUGAGGCUGCAAAGAACCAGGCAGCCGUCAACCCUGAAAGGACCAUCUUUGACGUCAAGAGGCUUAUCGGAAGAAAAUUUGAUGACAAGGAGGUUCAGAAAGACAUGAAGCUUGUUCCAUACAAGAUUGUGAACAAGGAUGGAAAGCCUUACAUUCAAGUGAAGAUUAAGGAUGGUGAGACCAAGGUUUUCAGCCCUGAGGAGAUCAGUGCCAUGAUUCUGACCAAGAUGAAGGAAACAGCUGAAGCAUUCCUUGGGAAGAAAAUCAAGGAUGCCGUUGUGACAGUUCCUGCGUACUUUAAUGAUGCCCAGAGGCAGGCUACCAAGGAUGCGGGUGUCAUUGCUGGACUGAAUGUUGCCAGAAUUAUCAAUGAACCAACUGCUGCUGCCAUCGCUUAUGGUCUAGACAAGAAGGGUGGUGAAAAGAACAUCCUUGUUUUUGACCUUGGUGGUGGGACAUUUGAUGUCAGUAUCUUAACAAUUGAUAAUGGUGUUUUUGAGGUUCUUGCCACUAAUGGAGACACUCAUCUUGGAGGUGAGGAUUUUGAUCAUAGAAUUAUGGACUAUUUCAUCAAAUUGAUUAAGAAAAAGUAUGGCAAGGAUAUCAGCAAGGAUAACAGAGCUCUUGGGAAGCUGAGGAGGGAAAGUGAGCGUGCCAAGAGAGCUCUUAGCAGUCAACACCAAGUCCGUGUCGAGAUUGAAUCACUUUUCGAUGGUGUUGACUUCUCUGAACCACUGACCCGAGCUAGAUUUGAGGAGCUGAACAAUGAUUUGUUCAGAAAGACCAUGGGACCUGUUAAGAAGGCUAUGGAAGAUGCCGGUUUGGAGAAGAACCAAAUUGAUGAAAUUGUGCUUGUUGGUGGAAGCACUAGGAUUCCAAAGGUUCAACAGCUUCUUAAGGACUAUUUUGAUGGAAAGGAACCGAAUAAGGGUGUGAACCCAGAUGAGGCAGUUGCUUAUGGUGCUGCUGUACAAGGAAGCAUAUUGAGUGGAGAGGGGGGUGAAGAAACUAAAGAUAUCCUUCUCCUGGAUGUGGCUCCACUGACCCUUGGAAUUGAAACUGUUGGUGGAGUGAUGACCAAGUUGAUCCCAAGAAAUACUGUUAUCCCAACAAAGAAAUCUCAGGUUUUCACUACUUAUCAGGAUCAGCAGACUACCGUGUCCAUUCAGGUCUUUGAAGGUGAAAGGAGUCUUACAAAGGAUUGCAGGAAUCUCGGGAAAUUUGAUCUAAAUGGAAUUCCUCCAGCUCCAAGGGGAACCCCACAAAUUGAAGUGACAUUUGAAGUUGACGCAAAUGGUAUUCUAAACGUUAAGGCAGAAGACAAGGGCACUGGUAAAUCAGAGAAGAUUACCAUCACAAAUGACAAGGGUCGCCUGAGCCAGGAAGAGAUUGACCGAAUGGUUCGUGAGGCAGAAGAGUUUGCGGAGGAAGACAAGAAGGUGAAGGAAAAGAUUGAUGCCCGUAACAGCCUCGAGACCUAUGUCUACAACAUGAAGAAUCAGAUCAACGACAAGGACAAGCUUGCUGACAAGCUCGAGUCUGAUGAGAAGGACAAAAUUGAAACUGCAGUGAAGGAUGCCCUAGAAUGGCUGGAUGACAACCAGAGUGCCGAGAAAGAGGACUACGAUGAGAAGCUCAAAGAGGUGGAAGCCAUUUGCAACCCGAUCAUCACUGCUGUAUAUCAGAGGUCAGGGGGUGCCCCCGGUGGUGGAUCAGGAGAGGAGGAUGAGGAGUCACAUGACGAGCUGUAGACGUCUUGUUAUUUCAUUGAGCACUGCUGAGAAAGCAGGAAUAGCUAAGUGGGGGAUGAGGAUACAGACUUUUUAGGCAACGAGACUGUAAUAUUUUUCAUGAUGGUUGGAAGUUACGGGAGAAGAAAUUCCCUUGCUUCGCAUGCGUAUUUUUGGGAGUGAAGCGAUACUUUUCCAGGUCUUUUAUUAUUUACUAGUAUUAUGUUCCUGUUUAUGUUAAAAUUUAAAGCAAACACUUUUGUUUUUUUCCCGAAA